AUGGGUCAGUACAGCUUUGGUACUCCGGCUGCAGACGAUCUCCGACCCAUCGCCGUCUACGACAAGCGCGUCGAUUCCGGCAUGAUCCGCCACGACAACCACCAGCGCCGGAUCAUCCUCAAGCUACAGUCCCUCCACGACCAGCUUCUCCACUACCACCCCCCGCCCAUCGCCCCUCACUCCUCCACCGGCUUCUUCACCCGUCUCUUCUCCCCUGCACCCACGGGACCCGCCGCGCCGCCCGCUGACGCGCCUAAGGGGCUCUAUCUGUUCGGCGACGUCGGCACGGGGAAGACGAUGCUCAUGGACCUGUUCUACUCGACUUUGCCGCCCUCGAUCACGCGCAAGCGCCGGGUGCACUUCCAUGCAUUUAUGAUUGACGUGCACAAGAGGAUACACGCGGCGAAGCAGCAUCUGGGGAGGCAUGGGGGCGAUCCGAUCGCGCCUGUGGCGCGCGACUUGGCGGAGCAGGCCUAUGUGCUUUGUUUUGAUGAGUUCCAGGUCACCGAUAUCGCGGACGCAAUGAUUCUGAGAAGAUUACUCGAGACGCUGCUCAACCACGGUGUCGUGAUCGUCAUGACGUCCAACCGACAUCCAGACGACCUCUACAAGAACGGCAUCCAGCGCUCGAGCUUCAUCCCCGCCAUCGAGCUCCUCAAGUCACACUUUGAAGUGACGGACCUCGACUCGGGUACCGAUUACCGCCGUAUCCCUCGCGCCCUUUCCCAGGUCUACUUCGAUCCCCUCACUGAGGAGAACAAGCGCGAAGUCGAGAAGAUCUUCGAGUCUUUGACUGACGACCCUGCUGACCCCAUCGAACUCAACCGCGAACUCGAGACCUGGGGCCGCAAGAUCAUCGUCCCCGAAUCGACGAAGCGGGUGGCCAAGUUCAGCUUUCACGACCUUUGUGGCAAGCCGAUGAGCGCAGCGGACUACAUCAAGGUCACCGAGACCUUCGACACUAUCUUCCUCAUGGAUGUGCCCAAGAUGGGUCUGGAGAGCAAGGAUAUGGCACGGCGGUUCAUCACCUUCAUCGACGCAUGUUACGAGAGCAAGACGAAGUUGUUUGUCACCUCCGAGGUGCCGAUUUACCAGGUCUUCUCUGAUGAGGGCCAAACUGCGUCGGACCAGCUGCAGCGCACCAUGGAAGAGAUGGGCGUAUCGACCGAUCUCGUCGAACACCCAGCCCCUCCGGAGUAUUACGCGCGGAUAUCACACGUUCGCGAGCCAUCUCGAGCCAUCGAUAGACUCACACCCACCACCUCCACCACACCCACCAUGACCAAGAACGUCACGAAGGUCGCGUACAAGCCGGACACGCAGUCCACGGACGAGUACAUCGUCAUCGUCAACGCGGACGAGUACAAGCGGUGGAAGGACGGUGACACGACGAUACCGCUCGUCGAGGUCGUUGACUCCUUCGACGUCUUCCACUCCGGCCAGGGCAACCAGGGCAUCCUCGGCCGCGCAUCAAAGCAGCAGCUCGACACCGUUUUCGGCACGACAAAAGACGACGAGGUCGUAGCGAAGAUCUUGAAGGACGGCCAAACGCGCGUCGGCGACAAGUUCGACCGCGAAUUGGGGAGCAAGCUCGGACGGAAUGCUGCGAUCGGUGGCAACACCAUCGACAACAGGGGCAAGGGCUUGCAGGGGAUCUAAUGUGAACGGACAAGCAAACCAAGAAGUGUAACUGUUGUACAAUUGUCGCCGCAUAACUUAUAAAUCGCACAUAAUCUGCUGAACAUCUAUCCUUGUCUGUCCGCUGUAAUUGCUGACUGGACCACUCCGUAGUUGUGCUCACAAAGGUUGGGCGGUUGUGCGCAUCCCGGCGUUGGCCGCCUGAGUCAAUGGAGGUCAUCGGUUCCUGAGCUUCUGGGCGUACGAUGCGAACCCCGUGGUUAUUGCAGGCUCUUCCAAUCCAGCCGAGAACGCGUUCGAUGCUCAGCUUUGUCAUUCAGGUCGAUGAGCGGUACAAGUGAGGGCCUGCUGCGC